AUGACUAGCCACAGCACCUAACACAGCACCUAACACAGCACUGGCAUGGCAGAGGACAACAUCCCGCCGACGCCGCCCGGCUUCCGCCCGCCGCCGCCCUGGGCCUUUGGUGGCGCACCAGCACAAAACUACUACGCGCCGCCGGCGCCGCCCGCGGAGAACGGCGAGCUUCAGCGGCUCCGGGCCGAGAACGCAAGCCUCAGACAACAACAACAAAGCGGCGACGACGUCGAGAGCCGGCUGCGAGGCGAGUACCAGGACGUGAUUGCGCAGUCGAUGAGUAGGAUAAAAAAGCUGCGAACGCAGAUCAAGGAGAUGAGGGGCGAGCGCGACGCGGCGGUCGCCGAGUGCGACGCGCUGCGCAAGCGCAACGCCGCCCUGGAAACGGCGGCGGCAGCCACGAAGAAGAAACCCGCCGCGCGGAAACCGAAAGCCAAGCCGCCGCCGCCGCCCCCUACGCCAAUCAUCGCCGACGCGCCGCCGCCGGCGUCGACGCGGCGCGCCGGCGGCGUGCGCGUCGCGGCCGCGGCGCCGCGGCGGCCGCCGCCGGAGCUGGCUUUGGACGACGGGCUCGACGACGACAUGGACGACGUGCUCGCGUCGUCGUCGGACGACGACGCCGCGGCGCCGGCGCCGCGCCGCGCGGCCGCCGAGAGCGGCGACUCGGACGACGACGGCGCGUCGGACGCGCGCUGCUCCGGGGCCGCGCCGUCGUCGCCGACGACGGUGGCCCAGUUCACGGCCACGCUCUACGAGAUCCUGGGUGAGGACAAGUCGGAGGUGCACUGCCACUGGUCCGAAGACGGCGAGCGCGUCGUCUUCUUGGACUCGGACGCGUUCGCGCGCGACGUCUGCCCGCGCUACUUCCGCCACAGCAAGUGGACGAGCUUCUCGCGCAUGCUGAACAUGUACGAGUUCCGCAAGAUCUCGACGAGCCCGCGCAACGCCCGGUCCACGCGCCACGAGUUCGCCCACGAGUUCUUCACGCGCGACCGCAAGGAUUUACUAAACCGCGUGCAGCGCAAGCGCCGCGCGUCGCCGUCGCGCAAGGAGCCCAUGUCGCAGCAGUCCUCCGACGAGGACGACUUCGACGCGAAGUUUCCCGCGCGCAAGGGUGCGAAGCCACCGCCGCGCCGGCGCCGCGCCGUCGCCGAGAGCGACGACGACGAGGAGUCCGCUGAUGCGGGCGGCGCCGAACGGCCGCCGCCGCGGAAGCGCCCCAAGCCGGACGCCGCCAAGCCGGAGCGGGAGGACGCGCAGGCCGUCGUGAAGAAACGGCUCGGCCUGAAGGGUGCCGCGGACGUCGCCGACGCGCACGCCUACUGUAGAGCUGUCCUGGCCGAGGACGCGGCGCCCGAAGCAGCUCUAGCCAAGCUCGCGCUCGGCGCGGCCUUCCGCGACCGGCGCUUCGCGCCCGUCGAGAAGAAGCAGCGGGACCACCAGCGGCGGCGCCACGCGAAGCAGGGCCAAGCCACGGAGACUCCGAAGCAGGAGGCGCGGCGCGUCGCGGCGGAGACGCGCGCCGCCUUUAGUACAUGGACCGGGGCCCGUUUGUUAAUAGAGCUGCUGGCGUGGGCGCGCGGCGUUGACGAUGGCGGGAGAAAGGCCGCUUCAUGUUUACUGGGUUUGUGUCGCAUCGACUUGCACGCGCUCGCGUCGACGAACAUUUUUGAGUUGCUGGCGAAGGCCGUGCUGUCGUGGGAGGCGUUCCGGUUCGCCCUGGACGAGGCGCAGCGGGCGGAGCUCGACGCGGCCGAGGCGUUCUGGGCCGCGAAGGCGCCGGCCGAGGCCUCCGACGUCGCGGUCGGCGCGUGCGGCGCGCUGUUCUUUUCUGCGACGUCUCCAAGAGACGCGCGGCGCCUGAGCUGUGAAUUACUAAGACGGGGCGUCGACCGCGCGGCUAUUAUUGAACAGGGCUGGCCGGCACCCCAAGAGGUUUCUGAGGAUCGCGAGUGGGCCGCGGCCCGAGGCGAUGGCAAGGAUGUCCCGCGGUUGCUGGAAAAAGCUUUAGACGACGGCGACCUCCAGAAAGUGGCCGCUCUCGACCCGUCGCAGCUUGUUGAAAUGUGUAGGGACAAGAUACGAGACGUACCUGACAUGAUAGCGCGACGCGCGGCAUGCAUGAAGGCGGCGCCGGCGUUCCAGUUGAUAAAUCUGGAUAGGAGCCCGGACCGGUUAGAACGGUUGCGCAAGCUCGCCCUCUUGCACGGCUUAAAUGUACAAAGGGUACAAGCCGUCGACGGCGCCUCGGAUUUCAUACCGGAGUGCGACGUCUGUAGAUCAUGGUCCAAGGAGGCGCGCGACAUCAAUACUAGGUACGACAGCCAGCGCGAGAAGCGGACCAAGGGCCCGCCGCCCGAACUGUCGCCGUCCGAACGGGCCAUCGCCGCGUCGCAUAUUAAGUUAUGGCGCGCGUGUAGCGGUGAUAGUAUGACGUUCAUCCUGGAGGACGACGUGGUCUUCGAGGCCGACUGUGCUUCUACAAUAAAAGACCUCGUCGCCAAGGUGCCUAUUCAAUCGGCGUCUCUACUAUUGCUGGGCUACUUCCACCGCGAAGAGAAGGAUUUGUCGUUGGCCGACGAGACCGCGUUACUAGAUUUCAAGCUGCCGCAGUACUUCUGGGGCGCCCACGCCUAUGGGUUGACGGCCCCGGCCGCCAAAGUGCUCUUGAAACGGUUGCCCGUGGACUGCCCUAUUGAUGAUUUUAUUGCCCAGGCCGUUAGGGAGGGCGUACUACACUGCUACGCGGCGCGCGCCAAGGUCGCGAAGCAGCGCACUCAAGAUGUUUCGUUGGUGGUCCAUUCUGGAAGGGCCAACCCCAACGUGACGCACAACCGGUCCAAAAAGAUCUCCUACGAUCAUUGCGAGAGCUUGGGGGAGCGUGUAUGUUGA